GGCGCUGACAGUCAAAAACUCUGUCUAACCGCUAUAUUCCACUCAACCGACACAACCUCCAUUGUCCAAUUUCCCUCCUCUUCUUCUUCUUCGUCUUCCCUCCUGAAACGCUGUCGUUUCGUUUCUCAUCUUCCUUCCUUCCAUGAUUUAGGGCCUCAAAAGCUUCAAUCUGAGUCCCUUCCCGCAAUGCAGAGAUGGACGACGACGAGCUAAUCAACGUCAAGAAGAGGAGGAAGAGCAGGAUCAGUAACAACAAGACCGCUCUGCGAUUGAGAUGCUCUGUUCAGAACUACGAUUGGGGUGUUCUCGGAAACCACUCUCACGUCGCCACUCUCUCUGCUCUGAAUUCUGGGUCUGCCAUUGAUUCCGAUAAGCCAUACGCUGAGAUUUGGAUCGGGACCCAUGAAUCCGGGCCUUCGUUUGUCGAUUGCUGUAGCUUGAGUGGAGAUGAGCUUGAUUCAGAGAUGGUGACCCUCAAGGAUUGGAUCUCGGAAGAUCUCAGUGUGCUUGGAGAUAAGGUUGCCGACAAGUGGGGAGGUGAUCUUCCUUUCUUGUUCAAGGUACUUGCCAUUGGAAAGGCUGUUUCAAUUCAGGUUCACCCGGAUAAGGACUUUGCACGGGUUUUGCACAAGUUGCAGCCAAGUGUUUAUAAAGAUGAUAACCACAAGCCUGAAAUGGCGUUGGCACUCACAGAGUUUGAAGCCCUUUGCGGGUUUAUAAGUGUCAAGGAACUAAAAGACAUUCUUGGCAGCGUACCUGAGAUUGUAGAAUUUGUUGGAAUCACAGAAGCAGAGCAAAUUUUACAUAUUAUUGAACAGGAUGAGAAUGGGAAAGUAAAAGAAGUUUUAGAGUCCAUCUUCAAUAAACUUAUGCUGUUAGAUAAGGAUACAAUUACAGAGAUGAUAUAUAAAAUAAAGAGGCGUCUCAACACAGAAAAGAAGAAAAGGCAGCUGACAGUUAAAGAACAUGUGGUGCUUAGAUUAGAGAGCCAAUAUCCUGCUGAUGUAGGUAUUAUAGCGGCAUUUUUUUUGAACUAUGUGAAGCUGAAUGGUGGUGAAGCAUUAUUUGUCGGGCCAAAUGAACCACAUGCAUAUCUAAGUGGUGAAUGCAUUGAAUGCAUGGCAACUUCUGACAAUGUGGUUCGUGCUGGCCUUACCCCCAAACAUCGGGAUGUUCGAACUCUUCUUUCUAUGCUCAAAUAUAGACAGGGUUUUCCCGAAAUUUUAAGAGGAGUUCCCUUGAAUCAAUACACGAAGAAAUAUCUCCCACCUUGUGAUGAAUUUGAAGUUGAUCGCUGUCUUCUUCCUCAGGCUGCAUCUGCAGUCUUUCCCUCGGUCCCUGGACCAUCCCUUUUCCUAUUUAUUUCUGGGAAAGGAAAAUUUGACACAGGGUCAUCUGAGGAUGCUAUAGUUGAAGGGGGUGAGAUUCUCUUUGUCCCUGCCUCCAUGAAAGUGAGUAUAACAGCUGAGUCGACAGAAUUACAUUUGUACAGGGCUGGAGUGAACAGCAGAUUAUUUAGGGACUUAUGAUCUACAUUUCAUCAUGAAAAUAGAAAAGAAUGCAGACAACAUUUCAUUCAAAUACUACUCUGUUAUUCUUCUAUGAAAAUUGUUUAUUUAUUUAUUUAUUUCUGGUAGUACUUGAAGAAAUUAUAUGUAUUAAUUGUCUGAAAAUUAGGUGUUUAUGAAAAGAGAAAAAAUGUAUGCUAGUUUUGAGGAUUACUUAUGGAAGGAAUUGUAAAUUGUUGAUCAAAUGUUAUGUUAUUCUAUAAGCUUCUAUAUAAAUUUUUGAUUGUAGUACAUAAA